CACGUUGCGUAGCAGUUUGCAAAACAAUCGCAGUAAGAUGGCGCUGUCUAGCGGGGCGGAUAGAGGAUCCCACAGCAUGGAUAAGAGCAUCACACUACCCCCGGAUGAAAUUUUCCGCAAUUUAGAGAACGCCAAGAGGUUCGCUAUAGAUAUAGGUGGCUCUUUGACAAAACUGGCAUAUUACUCCACUGUCCAGCAUAAAGUUGCCAAAGUCAGGUCGUUUGAUCAUUCAGCGAAGGUAAGCGUGCAGGAAACAGAAGGCGACCCUCUUUAUGAGAUAUCUGUACAGGAAGAGAUCACUGCCCGUCUUCACUUUAUCAAGUUUGAGAAUGCUUACAUUGAAACCUGCCUGGAUUUCAUUAAAGACCAUCUGGUCAACACAGAAACCAAAGUCAUAAAAGCAACUGGUGGAGGGGCACACAAGUUCAAGGACCUGAUAGAAAAGAAGUUAAAGCUAAAAGUGGACAAAGAGGAUGAAAUGACUUGUCUGAUCAAGGGAUGCAACUUUGUUCUGAAGAAUAUCCCCCAUGAAGCUUUUGUGUAUGCCAAACAUGCUGAUUCUGAAUUUCGGUUCCAAAAUACACAUCCGGACAUAUUCCCCUACCUGCUUAUAAAUAUUGGCUCUGGAGUCUCAAUAGUAAAGGUUGAAGCAGAGGACAAAUUUGAGCGUAUUGGUGGUAGUUCUAUAGGUGGUGGCACUUUUUGGGGUCUUGGAGCUUUACUUACAAAAACUAAGAGGUUUGAUGAGCUUUUGCAGUUAGCAUCCAAAGGACAACACACAAAUGUGGAUAUGCUUGUUAAAGACAUCUAUGGAGGUGCUUACGGGUCCCUGGGUUUAACUGGAGACCUCAUUGCAAGUAGCUUUGGGAAAUCAGCCACCACAGACAAAGAGUUCUCCAAAGAAGACAUGGCAAAGAGCCUACUGCACAUGAUAAGCAAUGACAUUGGACAGCUUGCCUGCCUCUAUGCCAAACUGCACAACCUUACCAGGGUCUAUUUUGGAGGAUUUUUCAUCCGGGGACAUCCCGUUACCAUGCACACCAUCACCUAUAGCAUCAAUUUCUUCACAAAGGGGGAGGUCCAGGCUUUAUUUCUAAGACAUGAAGGAUAUCUUGGUGCUAUUGGGGCCUUUUUGAAGGGGGCAGAAGAAGACAAUCCUAACCAGUACAGCUGGGGAGAGAACUAUGCUGGCAGCUCUGGUCUCAUGAGUGUAUCUCCAGAGCUGAAUCCUGUGCAGCGGGCUCGUAGUGGAACGUUUCCAUUUGACAUGUUGGAGAUGGACCGUCUGGAAAGGCAGCUAGUCAACCUCCCCUUGCUGCAGGAUCCGACCUCUUAUAUUCCAGACACUGUGGACCUGACUGAGGAUGUAUUGGCUCGGGAGUACUGGCUCUACUGCUUUGAGGAGGCAUUGGAUGGGGUGGUGAAGCGAGCCAUAGCUAGCCAGAAAGACCAACCAAAAGCUGUGGAAAGAGCAGAGAAGUUUCGCCAGAAAUAUCGUCAUAAACUCCAGACUCUUCGGCACCAGCCUUUUGCUUAUGGAUCCCUCACCGUCAGAAGUCUUUUAGACACAAGAGAACACUGUUUAAACGAGUUCAACUUUCCUGACCCCUACUCUAAGAUUAAGCAGAAGGAGAAUGACAUGGCCCUGAAAUACUAUCUGAAAGUAGUGAAGUCUGUAGAGGAGCUGAGCUGGGAACAGAGACAGUUCACUUUGGUCAAAGGCCUCCUGGCUGGCAACGUUUUUGACUGGGGAGCCAAAGCCGUGUCAGACGUGCUUGAAUCAGAUCCAGAGUUUGGGUUUGAACAAGCAAAACUGCAAUUACAAGAGAGGCCAUGGCUUGUGGAUGCCUACAACCAGUGGAUUGAGAGACUGAAGGGUCCUCCUCAUAAAUGUGCAUUAUUUUUCGUAGAUAAUAGUGGAAUAGACAUUAUUCUUGGGGUUUUCCCUUUCAUUAGAGAACUUCUCAUCAGAGGCACAGAGGUUGUUCUUGCCAGUAACUCAGGCCCUGCCCUCAAUGACGUCACUAACAGUGAGCUGCAGAUCCUAACGGAGAGAAUAGCUGCCAUGGACCCUGUCAUUCACACUGCACUCAAAGAGGACAGACUUGCUUUGGUGCAGAAUGGUUCUAGUUCUCCUUGUUUAGACCUGAGUCGCUUGGACAAAGUCCUGGCCACAGUCGUUAGGGAGCGUGGCACAGAUCUGGUGAUCAUUGAAGGAAUGGGUCGGGCCAUCCACACCAACUACUACGCCAUGCUCAGCUGCGAAAGCCUUAAACUAGCCGUCAUAAAGAACUCCUGGCUGGCCGAGCGUCUUGGAGGCAAGAUCUUCAGUGUAGUCUUCAAAUACGAGGUCCCUUCCAACAUCAGGGAAAUCAAGAGCUAAAAUGGCUAGUGCUGAAAGAAAAUAGCAUUAGCAAGGGUCCUUAGUGCUUUUUCCUGAGAUUGACAUAAUGAUUGUAUUUGGGGUUUUCUUUUGCUAUUGCUUCAUUUUCUUUUUUUGUUU